UCUAAUCGAUGACUUUUACGAAUCAAUAAAAAUUCUUAAAGAGUAUACGAACACACACACAGAGUCUACCAAGAAACAAGGAGCAUCGAAGUUUAGCAAACAAAUAAUAAUAAUUUGGGAGUUGAAGGUGAAGAAAUGGAAGUGAGAGUUAGAGCUCCAGGGAAAAUCAUCCUCGCCGGUGAACAUGCUGUGGUGCACGGAUCCACGGCCGUGGCUGCCUCCGUUGGCCUCUACACCUAUGUUUCUCUUCGAUUCCCCACUCCCUCUGACAAUGAUGACUCACUAAAACUCCAGCUCAAGGAUAUGGCUUUAGAAUUUUCAUGGCCAGUUGAUAGAAUCAAAGAAGCACUACCUGAAUUCGGAAGUUCACUCUCUCCAACUCCCACAUCGUGCUCAAUAAAAUCCAUGAAAUCAAUUGCAGCUCUAGUUGAAGAACAAAAUAUUCCAGAAGCAAAAGUUGAACUUGCUGCUGGAGUUUCAGCUUUUCUCUGGCUAUACUCCUGCAUCCACGGCUUUAAGCCUGCUACGGUGGUUGUCAAUUCUGAGCUUCCUCUGGGUUCGGGCUUGGGUUCAUCCGCUGCAUUUUGUGUUGCACUCUCAGCUGCUCUGCUUGCUUUUUCAGAUUCUGUAAGUUUGGAUAUGAGCCAGCAGGGGUGGUCAGGUUUUGGGGAAGGUGAACUUGAAUUGGUGAAUAAAUGGGCUUUUGAAGGUGAAAAGAUAAUCCAUGGAAAGCCAUCUGGACUUGACAACACCGUAAGCACAUAUGGCAACAUAAUCAAGUUCAAAUCAGGUGCUUUGACACGUCUCAAGUCAAAUAUGACACUCAAAAUGCUCAUUACCAACACUAAAGUUGGGAGGAAUACAAAGGCAUUAGUUGCUGGUGUUUCAGAGAGGACCAUAAGGCACCCUGAUGCCAUGAGUUUGGUGUUUAAUGCAGUUGAUUCUAUCAGCAAGGAAUUGUCCGCCAUUAUACAGUCACCAGCUUCUGAUGACCUCUCCAUUACAGAGAAGGAAGAGAAGAUGGAAGAGUUAAUGGAAAUGAAUCAAGGUCUCCUCCAGUGUAUGGGAGUCAGCCAUGCUUCAAUAGAAACUGUUCUUAGGACAACGUUGAAGUACAAGUUAGCUUCCAAAUUGACAGGAGCCGGUGGUGGAGGAUGUGUUCUGACGCUGUUGCCAACCCUGCUAUCAGGAACAGUUGUUAAUAAGGUAAUUGCUGAGCUGGAGUCGUGCGGCUUCCAAUGUCUGACUGCUGCAAUAGGUGGGAAAGGUGUUGAGGUUUGCUUUGGUGGUUCAUCCUGAUGUUUCCAUCACAGUGAUGUAUAAGAGUAAGAUCCUAGAUGUCAAAUAAUAAGCAUGAAAAAGUCUGCUUUUUGAUUAUGUGUACUUGGAUUGCACUCUUUAGGCUUGAAUUUCCUAAUAUAUCUGUAGAAUAAUUAAUUUGAGUUAAUUUCAGAUCUUUUUGAGGUCUCAGGAAUAUCUAUCUUGUUGCUUCACGGGUAUUUAAGACUAACUGUAAAAAGUUACAGGAAUUUUUACAUCUUGGAUGCUGGUUUGUUUCCUCCAUGGUGUAACCAAUUUCACACAAACAGAUUGUUUUAUUUUUGGCCCCAUUGGCAGAGAUACAUGAUACGGUUAGCAUGCAAGUGCUCUUCAUAGUUGUGGAUUGUACACUAUGAAAUCCCACAGGAGAUUCUUCUCUGUAAUGUUGUCAGCCUAAGCCCUGCAGGGACAGACAUCCACUAAUUCCCAUUGUCGCCAAGUUCCAUUUUCAUCAAACUGGUGAUAGAAUCGAUGCCAAAAUGGUGUCUCUUUUCCUA